ACCUAAAUUAGGAAAUAUAAAAUAGAAUUCCAAAAAUACCCUGCUAACUCUUUAUACCCGCCAAUCUUUACCAAGGAAACAAACAUAUACCUGGUCACCACUGGAGUCCUAGAAGACUUGGUCAGAAUUACAGUACUACAUACCAACUUGUGAGCACAAUAAAGAGAAGAAAUGGUGAAUCCGGGGAUGAGCAACGCAAUUGGUGCGAUUCGAAUCCGAAUGAAACGUGGGAUUAAUCUCGCCGUUCGUGACUCUAAGACCAGUGAUCCUUAUAUCAUCGUAGCUCUUGGCGAACAGAAAGUCAGGACCCGUACCAUUAAAAACACUCUUAAUCCAGAGUGGAAUGAAGACCUCACUCUCUGUGUUACGGAUCCAAAUCAACCACUCAAACUUUUUGUUUAUGACUAUGAUACAUUCUCACCGGAUGACGUAAUGGGAGAAGCAGAGAUUGAUUUGAGGCCAUUCUUAAACGCAGUAAAGUCGAAUGUUGAAGGCAUUCCAAAUGGUACGAUUAUCACGCAAGUCACACCAAAUAGGUUAAAUUCCAUUUCGGAGGACAGCUCCAUAGUCUUCAAUGAUGGGGAAGUUACCCAAAACAUGUUCCUCCGACUUCACAAUGUUGAAUGUGGUGAAGUUGAGCUUGAGUUGAAGUGGAUUGAUCUCCCUACUUCUCGAGUUGCAUAAUCCUCUUCUAGUACCCAACAAAGUUCUUCUAAUGUGGUAAUUAAAUUAUGUUUUCUCUCAUUUAUAUAGAUUCUUCUAUUUAUUUUUGAAGAAAGACAAAUGUAAUUCGGGUGGUGUUCUCUCAAAAUUGCUUUCUAAUUAAGAAAAAUAAGAGUAUUUGUAAUCUAAGAAGGUCUCUAACUCUCUAUGUGCAGAAGUUCUAGUAGAUGCCUCGAAUGUGUAAAGAUAAUACUUAAGAACAUCUUUGUACUAGAUAGUAGACUUUUAAAUAUUAUGUGUUGAGCGGAUUCUUAUA